CUAAAAACUCAUCUUAAAACUAGGGAUAAACUUACCCUAAGUUUUGACUUGGACACCGGAUCGGUUCUCUUCGGUCGCACCGGACUAAUCGGUACUUUUAUUAAUGAGAUUAUGAGAAUUUGAUACAUAUGGGCCAUGCCACAAAACUAACUCAAGAUGUUACUCAAAAUGAAUUAAAAGAUCCACUAAAAAAAAUGUCUCUUUCCUCCAGUCCUCCAUUGAAGCAGGCAAGCAGAUACUCUGAAUUCUCCAUUAAAGCAGCUUGUAAGCUUUCUCUCCUCCAUUGAAGCAUAGAUAGAGAUCGUAAUAUACUCGUUGAUGGAUAUGCUAACAAAGGAUAGUCACCCUGGUGUUGCUAGUAGUAUAGUUGAUCAAAGGGGAGACAUAUGUCAUGGUGAAGGGGCUAGUGGAAAUAUGGUUGAUAUUGUCAAUGUGGUACAUGAUCAGGAUGUAGGGGCUGCUACAUCUGCGACAAGCAGUCUUCUGCUUGAAGGAGACAUUGAUAUUGGGCCUGAUAGUGACCUUCAAUUUGAGUCCCAUGAAGCUGCGUACAAGUUCUACCAAGAAUAUGCCAAAUCUAUGGGAUUCACGACCUCAAUAAAGAACAGUCGACGUUCAAAGAAAUCGAAAGAUUUUAUCGAUGCAAAGUUUGCAUGCUCCAGAUAUGGGGUCACUCCAGAAUCUGAUGUUGGUAGUAGCCGGCGUUGUAGUGUUAAGAAGACUGAUUGUAAGGCUAGCAUGCAUGUCAAGAGAAACAAGUAUGGAAAAUGGGUCAUACAUGAGUUCAUUAAGGAGCAUAAUCACGAACUUUUACCAGCAUUGGCAUACUAUUUUCGUAUUCACAGAAAUGUGAAAUUGAUUGAGAAGAAUAAUAUUGAUAUAUUACAUGCUGUUAGUGAGCGAACAAAGAAGAUGUUUGUUGAUAUGUCUAGACAGUCUGCUAGUUUUAUGAAUCAUGAAUCCCUUAGGGAUGCGCGCAGUUCUCUACUUGAUAAAGGUAAUCGCUUGGUUCUAGAUGAAGGAGAUGCCCAAUUCUUACUCGAUUACUUUAAGUGUGUCAAGAAAGAAAAUCCUAAUUUUUUUUAUGCUAUAGAUUUGAACGAAGAACAGUAUCUUAGGAAUUUUUUCUGGGUUGAUGCUAAAAGUAGGAGUGACUAUGCAAGUUUUAGUGAUGUUGUCUCUAUUGACACCUCAUAUAUAAGGACAAAUGACAAGCUACCACUUGUUCUCUUUUUGGGGGUGAACCAUCACUUCCAGGCGAUGUUGCUUGGCUGUGCCUUGAUUGCAGAGGAAUUGACGUCAACAUUUGUUUGGUUGCUGAAGACUUGGCUCAGGGCAAUGGGAGGGAGUGCACCCCAGGUGAUUAUCUCUGACCAACAUCCUUCAAUAAAAUCUGCCAUCCAGGAAGUCUUACCUAAUACACGUCAUUGCUUUCAUCUGUGUAAUGUUCUGGAGAAAUUCCCAGAAAAUCUUGCACAUGUCACUAAGAGACACGAAAAUUUUACUGGAAAAUUCAAUGAGUGCGUAUUCAAGUCAUGGACGGAUGAACAAUUUGAUUUAAGAUGGUGGAAAAUGGUUGGUAGGUUUGAUCUUCAAGAAGAUGAGUGGAUAAGGUCACUGUAUGAAGAUCGUAAGAAAUGGGUUCCUCUUUAUUUAAGUGAUAUUUUCUUGGCUGGAAUGUCCCCUCCUCAUCGAACUGAUAGCGUAUAUUCGUUUUUUGACAAAUAUAUUCAAAGAAAACUUACUUUGAAAGAGUUUGUGAAACAAUAUGGUGCAAUUCUGCAGAAUAGGUAUGAGGAAGAGGCUAUAGCAGAUUUUGACACAUGGCACAAGCAACCUGCACUGAAGUCUCCUUCACCUUGGGAGAAACAAAUGUCAACUAUAUAUACACAUGCAAUAUUCAAAAAAUUUCAGGUUGAAGUUCUGGGUGUGGUCGGCUGUCAUCCUAGGAAAGAAGGUGAAGAUGGAACAUCCAUUACUUAUCGAGUAGAUGACUGUGAAAAGGAUGAAACUUUUUUUGUAGCAUGGGAUGAAACAAAGUCUCAGGUUUCUUGUUUAUGUCGUUCAUUUGAGUACAGAGGUUUUUUGUGUAGACACGCAAUGCUUGUUCUACAAAUCUGUGGUAUCUCUAGAAUACCAUCUCAGUACAUAUUGAGGAGGUGGACAAAAGAUGCAAAAACUACGCAGUUGAUGGUAGUUGGAACUGAGAGGUUGCAGACCAGGGCACAGCGUUAUGUGGCCUUGUGUAAGCAAGCCAUUGAACUGAGUGAAGAAGGAUCUUUAACUCAAGAAAGCCACAACAUUACCCUGCGAACACUGGUGGAUACUCUGAAAAAUUGUGUUAGUGUGAAUAACAUGAAUAGAAGUGCUAUUGAAGUUGGGGACACUUAUUGUGAUCAUGAUAUUGUUGAAGCAUACCACGGAAAUAUUUCAACUAGAACUAGCAAAAAAAAGAAUGCAGUGAAGAAGAGGAAGGUAGCUUCAGAAACAGAAGUGAUGCUGACUGAUGCUGAGGACAACUUGCAUCAAAUGGAAAAUUUAACCUCUGAUGGGAUAUCGCUCAAUAAUUACUAUGGUUCCCAACAGAACGUGCCAGGAGUAGGACUGGUGCAGUUGAACUUAAUGGAGCCACCACAUGAUAAUUACUAUGUUGAUCAAGAAAGUAUACCAGGGCUGGGGCAAUUAAACUCCAUAGGACCAAAUCAUGAAGGAUUUUUUGGGGCUCAACAAACUGUACAUGGGCUGGGACAUUUGGAUUUUCGAUCAUCAUCUAGCUUCUCUUACAGCUCACAGGAUGACCAUGAUUUAAGAUCUGCACAGCUGCGUGGAGAUGCUUCUAGGCACACUUGAGAAUGAGAUUUCUUCAUGUGUUGGUCAAGUUGUAGAUAUCUUCGUGUAUUGAUCAAGUUGUAGAUAUCUUUAAAGCAUAGGAAUGGAUCCAGCUUUGGCACUAUUUUGAACCACUACUCAAAAUAAUGAAGGUAUGAUUUUGUGAAAAUGGAUUUAUAUACUACUAGUUGAAACUAAAUAACAUGAAAUGACUAUUUUGCCCACAAGAUUGGGCAACACUGCAUAAUCCUGGGACAAACUUUUGGUUAACCAAAAGAUUUUUUAUUUCAAAUUUAGCUUCUUUAGAUUUUUUGGUUGCUGCUGUUCGGACUUGUUGAUAUCACUAUAUCAGAACUUCCAUGUUACUAUAGAAUUGUAGUAUCAUGAUUUUAUGUGGAUUUCAUUUCAGAGUGACUCAGCUGAAGUAUUCCAUGUGACUACCAUAUUGAGGAGAAAAUACAAAUUCUGCCUCAGGUAGCUGCUGAUUUUGGCACUGCUCGUUCAAUCAGGAGUCGUGUAUUUCAGUUGUACCGGAAGUCUGGAAGAAUAUUGAUGCUAAUAAGCUAUAUCGCUUUAUUACAGCAAUUAGAGAAUGUAAUGACAAGUAUGCAGAUAAACCUCACAUUGAUGCAUAAUCUUUCAUCUAUAUAUCAGUAUUUAAGGUGUCCUUUUUCCGUCAUGAAUUAACCCUAGUUCAUAUUUUCCAUUUCUGAUGGAUUGGAAACCGGGAAUUCAAUCAUAUUGCCAAUAUAUUGUAUUGCUUGUUACACUUCUGGAGUUAAACACUUCAUUCAUUCAUUA